AAGGGAUGGGGGAGAGAAGCCAGGUCACGCGAGCUCUUGAAUCAACGAAGAGCGGAAAACUUUUGGAUCUUGUCUGUCUCCUCCUCUCUUGCUUUGGGGAGAGAGAGAGAGACCUCCCCUUCGCAGCUGCCGAGGAGGGGCCCAUUGUCCCCGCCCCCAGAAGAGAAACACCCACCGAUGGCACCUCUGCUUUUCCCACGGACGAGCCAGGGGCUGCAACAUCUGGCUGGCUAUAUACCGGUGGAGGUGAGAGGAAUAGGAGCAACAGUAGUCUGUGCAUCGCCGGACUUUUGCGGAAGCCAGAAAUAAAUGCCCCCUGCUCUGCUCACCGACCCGCCCACCGCGUUUCUGCCCCGCCCCCCCUUUCCACACACGCGCCCCCUUCAUGGCUUUGUCUGCCUGAGCCCAUCUGAGAAUGAGGAGGGGGAAAGAUGAAGAGAUGCGCUCCUGGUCUGGCUGCCGCUGAGCCUCCCCCUCCGCGAAGGCACCCAAGAGGCGGAGAAGCCCUUCUGAGGAAAACACAAUAGCAGCUGGACUCUCAGACCUCACACGCUUGCUACAGUGCUGCUAAUGUAUGGUCCAAGAAAGGGGGACAGAGGAGGUGGUAAAGUGAAGAAGUCCUGCCCACCUGAGGUGACCCAGGAGUUGCACCAAUUCAACUUGCUUUCAAAUCAAAAUCAAAAAUUAUGAUAGCAACAGGAGGAGUCAUAACAGGACUGGCUGCCUUAAAGAGGCAAGACUCUGCCAGAUCCCAGCAUCAUCUAAAUCUUGCAACAUCACCAGCUACUGAAGAACAAAAACCAGUAAAGCGUCGACCCAGGGCAGAUGUAGUUGUGGUCCGAGGAAAGAUUCGACUUUAUUCCCCAUCUGGAUUCUUCCUCGUCCUGGGAGUUGUUAUCUCAUUCCUGGGGAUUGCUAUGGCAAUCCUUGGUUACUGGCCCCAAAAAGACCCCUUUCUAGAGUCUGAAGACAGCUUCCCACUAAAUGAGACCCAUGUCAUAGAAAAAGAAUAUGGAAUUAUAAUUCGUUUCUUUGAACAGCACUUACAUUCUGAUAAGAUGAAAAUGCUGGGGCCUUUCACUAUGGGGAUUGGAAUCUUUAUUUUUAUUUGUGCAAAUGCAAUGCUCCAUGAAAACCGUGACAAGGAGACAAAAAUCAUACACAUGAGAGACAUCUAUUCCACUGUCAUAGACGUACAUACUCUGAGGAUCAAUGAACAGAAGCAGCUGACAGGGACCUAUACAGGCUUAUUGGGAGAGAAUGAAGUCAAGCACAAUGGAAGCUCUUGUGCAUCACGACUGGCUGCAAAUACAAUUGCACCUUUCUCGGGCUUUGCAAGAAACUUUCGAGUGGACAGCAGUGCUGAGGAGACUGAAAUUGCUGUGAGUGACAGCACAAAUACUAUUAAUUUUCUGCCACCUUUGCUAACUGAGCACUCUGGUUCAGUCUUUGGCCUUUAUCCUCACUCUGGGAAGUCAAAGGAUGAUAGGAGUAGCAGCUCUUUAAAAUGUGAAACAAAGUCAAUUGUGUCAUCCUCCAUUAAUGCUUUCACAUUACCUGUAAUUAAACUAAAUAACUGUGUUAUUGAUGAGCCCAGUAUAGACAACAUCAGUGAGGAUUCUGCUAGCACUAGAGGCAGGCCUAGAAAUUUGUCCAUGGACUCUUUACCCAUCCCAUUAACUGAUACCAAUGAUAUCUACAAAUCUGCAAGUGCAUUGAUACCCAGAAACAAUUUAUAUGGAGACUGCUCAUCUAGUCAGUUCAAAUCUUCUAUGAAUCUUGGGCCAAACACAGCAAAGCUUCUAUCACCUGGUGCAGCCAGAAAACAGUUUGGGUCCAACACCUCUUUGCAUCUUUUGUCUGUACAUUCAAAAUCUCUAGACUUAGAUAGGGGCCCUUCUACUCUCACUGUUCAGGUUGAACAAAGAAAACAUCCAAGUUGGCCAAGAUUGGACCGGAGCAACAGUAAAGGUUAUAUGAAACUAGAAAACAAAGAAGACCCAAUGGACAGGCUCCUGGUACCAUCAGCAACAGUCAAGAAGGACUUUACUAAUAAAGAAAAACUUCUUAUGAUUUCCAGAUCUCAUAAUAAUUUAAGUUUUGAACAUGAUGAGUUUUUGAGUAAUAAUCUAAAGCGUGGAAGUUCUGAAACAAGGUUUUGAUAGUUUGGUGACUACAAUUAAUGUAUUUGCCAGUAUUUUCUUUUUUUUUAAAAAUGACAAAACAAAAUAUUUUCACACAUGAUCUGUAUGUUUUGUUUUUCAGUGAAACUGCCGCAAGCCUGUUUUUACCAAAUGUUUCUAGCAGAUUAAAAUGGCCUUGUGUUAGCAAAGGUUAUUUUUCACCUCUGCAGUGCCAAGUGUUUAAUGUCAAGCAGCUUGUUCAUCAAAACACUGCACUGGCAUAAUGCCUGUUGGAUUGUGUUUGUGCGGGAUGGUAAUUGGAUGGUGGUUUAAGAAUUGAUGUCUUCUUAAUUUACAAUUGCAAUACUGUAUAUUAUCACUGCUCAACAUAUUUGGGUGUUUCUAUAUCCUGUCCUCCCAGUCAUUUUUCUUUUUGUUUCUAUGUAAGCAUGCUACAUUUCAUUGCUAUGAGUCAACUAUAAGAACUGGCUGAAUAAGCUUCAAUGUUCAGAUCCAUCAAUGAUGGUCACAUGUUAACAAUGGUGCUUUUAGCUAAAGAUGAAAUGAAUGGAAGGCUUGCAGUAGUAGAGCCAAAUUUAGCCUCUCAGUGCAUCCAGUGGAAAUUUUGACUGUAUUACUUUUAAAAGAAAGGAUUCUAUAUCGAUAGGAUUCUGUUCUAGGGCAGAAUAGGAUUCUAUUUUAUAUGUUUCUAUCCUGUAUCAAAAACUGCUUUCAAAGCUUUCAAACAGUGUGUGCCAUGUGGCUUGGGUACUAUAUUUUUGAGCAACUUCAGUCACCCUUGAGCACAUGGAACUAGUUCAUGGCUUUUGUUGGAAUUUAGACUAUAAAUCAGAUAAUGUGUAUGAUUCACAAGGGCAUUCCUGCUGUGCAAGAGUAACUGACAUAAAUAUGCAACAUAGUGUUCAUGUAGUAACAGCUCCUUUUCCUCCUAGCAGAACUUGCACAAAUAAAUUCCUAGUAGGUAGUACCCAUUGUCUUUUACAUAUAAUAAUAAUAAACUGGAUAAUAUUAGUAAAAACUGUUAACCAUAUUGAGUAGGAUUUGAGGAAAGACUAUGCAGAUUGAAAACCAUUUUUGUGAACUUGUUAUAAUCAACUCAAUAUCAGUGUUGUCUAUUAGUUCUGUUAUAAUAGCAUGAUGGCAAGGGAAUGGAAUAAGCUAGGUACCCUUUAGGAAGAUAAGAUGGCUGGCUGCUAUAAAUAUGAGGCUACAGGGGAAGGAGGUGAAUAAGGCCCAGUGCUAGCCAACCAAAAUCCACCUUGUUAAAAAUUGACUUUAUCACUGUUUAGCAUUUUUAGGGGGUUAUUAAGAAAUAUGGUAUGGUAUAACUAUACUAGGCACUGCUGGUAUUUAUAUAACACAUAUACUAACCCUACCUUUCAAAAAGUGGGGUGACAGUGAAUUCAAAUAAUCAUGACAUUUAAAUAACUGAUGUGGGGAGAAUGGCUAUUCUGCUGUGCAACAAAAAAAAUUCUAAUUAUGGUGUGAAUUGAAAUAAGAAAUAAUGAAGUUCAUUAAUGAUGCUGACAUUAAAUAUGAAACAACUGUUGGCCGCAUUUGCAAGAACUAUAACAUCACUUACUGCAGAGAUACACUGUAUUGUAAACUGCCACAAAGAUGGCAACAAUGAUGGCAAACAUUUUGCCUCCUCCAAUUGGGUCAUGGUUGAAGUUGAAAGUCUCUGCUAAAGAAAUUAGCAAGGAGAAUAGGUCUACCAGAAAACGUCCGUAUGUUGCACUAAGGUAAUUAGACCCUGGUCUUGCUAACUAGUGUAUUGUAGUCCACUCCACCCUUGUGGUUUGGCCAAUAGGAUCACAGUGUUAAUUGGUUAUUUUAACAGAUGUUUCAUAAUUUCACUUAACCUAAAUAACUCAGGAAUUAUUUGAAUAGCUUCUCCCAAAACAAUCAGGAAUGUCAAAAUGUUGUACUUUAGUUGACUGUGAAAGACAAACGACAGAAUUUUUCUAUUAAUUUCCAGCUCCAUAUUCUAAAAAUGUGAUGUUUAUGUGUCAAAGGCAUUACUUGCCAAGUGAAUUGAGGCAUAGUGUUAACUUGUUAGAAUCUCAAGCCUAUAUAUUGUAACAGAGUUGGCUAAAUAUUUUGCUAUGAAGCUUUUAAUAACUUUCUGGUCAGUGUUCUUAACACAUUUGCUAUUUUUUUUAAAUAAAAACCAAACGUAUAAA